CGCGGAGCGGCACCGCCCUGCCCGGCUUUGGUUCGGGCUGCUGCGGCGGGAGGGAAGGUCGAUUCAGUCGUCCUACAAUUUGUUGCAUCAAAUCUUUAAUUAAACCAAACAGAGCAAAACACAACGCGAUGCAAGAGACCCUUCCGGAAUACGGAAUUGCAGAUGCAAAGGGCAGGCGGCGGGACAGGGCUGAGAGCGCGGCGGGACAGGGCUGAGAGCGCUGCGGGCACGAGGGACGACGCUGGGGCAAACUGAGUUAUCGCUGUGCACCGCACGGAGGAGCGCAGCUCCUGACUGAAUCAGAAGGCACCGAACCGCCCGCCCGACACGCGCCCAGCACAGCCCCAGCCAGCUGCCAGCUGCCGGUAGCCCCUCGCGCUCCGCACGCUGGGGCGCGGACCUUUCCUGCCCCUCUAUAGAUCAACCAAUAGCGACAUCCCCCCGUGGGGGCGGGCUCGAAAAGCCGCGAGCUUAUUGCCUAUCGGAAACGUCAAUCCCGCCCCUUCCCGGCUCCCGGUUGCCAUGACAACCGCACGCCGCGCAGGCUCAGUUCCUUCAAGAUCUGCACGUGCGGAUUAAGUUACGCUCACGUGCAGAGCGGAUGGGGCAGUUGCCAAAGCUUCAGCCCAGGUUCACAGAAUGAAGCUGCUCUGAAGUACGUACAACCAUUCGUUGCAGUACAGACCUGAGAAGUGGUGGCAAGAGGAAGAUAGAUCGCUGUGCAGCUCAUGUUUUAAAGUUCUCAUCAGGUGCCAGCCUCCUGCAGGAAGCACCUUGAGAAUCUGAAAACAUGCCAAAAAAUCUCAGAUCUGGCAAGACCACCUUGAAAAGUCCAAAACCCUCAGCAAAGAAACAGAGAGGUGGAGAAGCCAAGCAAGCCUCAAAAGGAAAACAGAAACAACCUGAGAAAAAAGAUGAAGCUGAUCUUUCUAUGGUUGGCAUAGGCCACCCAGAAAUCUUUCCCUUAGUUUUCACUACAAGUACCCAAGAAAUUUUUAAUUGCCGAGUGGAUGAGGAUGUCACAGAAGAAAAUUGUUUCAAGCUUAUUAAAAAAGACGACAUCAUUCAGGACCUAAAAACAAGAGCUGCUAUUUCAGAUUUCCACCCUGUCAAAAACAUUGUCCUGGAAUACCCAGGGGAAGAACUUCUGAUAGUUUUUGAUGCAAAUUUCCAGUAUGGACAGAACUUUUAUCUUGUUGCUUCUGAGGAAGCGAAAGAAAACUUUCUGAAGCCUCCAGAAACCGCAGAAGAAAUUGUCAGUGAAGAAGAGAAAGAGGAAACUCCAGAAGUCUGUGCUUAUAAGCGUCCUGUCUCCAAGCCAUGGGUUUCUCUUGGCAGUGAAAAGGAAGUUGAAGAAGAAUCCGUUAAAGAGCGUGUUAAAAAGAUUAAGUACAUGUUUUCUCGAGGACACAGGAAGUUUGGUGCACCAAUUAGAUUUACUGACAGGAACGCUUCACACGUAAAAGACAGUUAUGUUGAAUGUACUUCCUACCAAGACCAAUCUUUCAGUAUAAAAGUGCUUGAAAAACAUGUGGCUGCACAAAUGGUUCCCAAAGUAAGAGAAUCUAGUACUCAGACACAAUGGACCUAUCCAAAAAAUGCAGCCACACAGUAUUUUCCUAGACAGCUGUCAAAUGAAGAGAAAGAAGAGAUUCUGUCAUCUGAGAAGCUGAAACAAUUUCUCACAUCAGCAUGUUUAAGAAUGGAAAUUGCACUGCAGCAAAAUGAAAUUAUGAAUGCUUUUUCUGAUGACUGGAAAGCCCUGGGAGACGACAUGAGUGGCAAGUCAGACAUUUGUUUUAAAGCGUACCAAACAUUUACAGAUCUACACUAUCUCAAGGACAAAAGCAUUAGCUGCAUUUGUUGGCAUCCAACCAUCUAUGGGAUUAUAGCAGAGUCAGCAAUAAAACGUCCCUCCAAAGAAGAGAGAACUAAGCUGCUGCAUGACUCAGUAAUUAUUUUCUGGAGCUUUUUUGAUCCUAUCCACCCUCAGUUAAUAUUAGAGUGUCUUGAUGACAUUUACUGCUUUCAGUUCAGCCCAACUGAUCCAAAUAUUAUAGCUGGUGGCUGCUUCAGUGGACAGGUUGUACUCUGGGAUAUUUCUCAAUAUGAAGAAAAACUGCAAAAUGCUAAAAGCGUUGCUGUUGGAAUGAAAAAGACGGUUGUUAAUAUGAAUAAUGUUUCUGUUCUAAGUCUACUGGAGAAUGAUGAUAUGUCUGAGCUGUUAUUUAUGGAGGAUGAUGAGAGUGAUAAAGGGCAAAUUUCAGUGAGACAUUGCACAUCCUCCUCCAUACACCAAAGCCAUGAAAAAAGGAUAACAGAUAUACAUUGGCUGCCAGAUUAUUUUGAGAUCAACCGAGUGGGUGAGACUUUUGAAAACAGAGCUGGAAUUUGCGUGCAGCUUGUAACCUGCUCCCCUGAUAGCUUAAUAUUAUUUUGGGAUAUUCGAGACACCAAACUUCCCACCAAGCAUUCAUCUGAGAAAGUAAAAGAAGAAAACAGUUUCAAUAUGCUCCCUGAAGUUUCAGAUACCUCUAAUGAUCCAGAUCUCAUCUGGAAACCUCUCAUGAAGAUAAGCUUGUGCGACAACGAAGAAGAAAACAAUGUGAAAUGCAGUCUCACCAAAAUUAGUCUACAGGAACAGCAUUAUCAUUACAAAAUCACAGAUAAGGAGCAAUCUCCGCACAAGUCGCAAGUGCAUGUCAAAGAAAGCCCACGUGCACAGAUGAGCAUUUCUUCAAAUAAAACUCUGAAUGUGCUGGAGAAUAUCUCCAAUACCUUCUUUGUUGGAACUGAAGAUGGAGAAAUUAUUUAUUCUGACUGGGAAAUGAAGACCAGUAGUAACGAGGAAAAAAUAGCUAGUAAGAAGUACUCCAUCCACAAAGAAGCUGUGAACACUGUACAGAGAUCUCCAUUUUUUAAAGACAUCGUUCUCAGUGUUGGAGGCUGGAAUUUUGCCAUUUGGAAAGAAGGUGUUACAAAUGGACCAAUCCUCCAGUCAAACUGCACAGCGCAAAGAUACACUGCAGGACAUUGGUCCUUAACGAGGCCAGGAGUUUUCUACAUUGCCACAGAUGAUGGAAAUAUAGAUAUUUGGGACUUACUGAAGGAAACUCACAAGCCAUCUCAUAGCCAGAACAUCUCUAAAUCAAUGAUUACUUGCAUCAGCCCCCAGAUCGCCUCGCCAAAGCAGCAAUUUCUAGCUGUUUCUGAUGAUUCUGGAGUACUGCAUGUUUUAGAAAUCCGUCGAACAUUAUGCCACCCAUCCAACAACGAGCAGGCCAACAUACUCAAUUACUUUGAGAAAAGGGUCCAGUGCCUGAAAAAUCACAAAAAAGACCAAGAGUUUGAAACCAAAGAGAAUGCAAAUGGAGCUGGAGACAGAGAUGGAACAAACAAUUAAUGCCUUCCAGUUUCUCCUGACAGCUUUAUCAAGAACCUGGAAAUGAGGUAAAAUGGGCCCUCGCUGUCAGGCCUCUUGUUGCAGAUUUGUCUGUCUAAGCUCAAGGCCAAUGCUGAUAUGCAGCCAUAUAAUCUUUUACAAAGAUUAUAGGCUCAGCAAGAAAUGAGAAAAGCCUGUACGUGGGUGGAACUGGAUGCCUUUCACCUUCAAGCAACAGAAGAAGAAGAACUUGGUGUAAAAUUCUGGUACAAAGCUUAAGAUGUCAAAUACAUGCUUACCUUUUUCUAAAUA